AUGUUAGUAAUAGUGCCCCUUUCUGUUUUGACUCUAGGCAUCAUCUCCAUCGUGAUCUUCACUGUCCUCUGCAUCAUGGUGUUUGUGAUCCGUCACAUGUUCCGCCACAAAGGUUCCUACCACACCAACGAGGCCAAGGGGGCGGAGUCAGCAGACUGUGCUGACGCAGCGAUCAUCGUCAACGACCCGGCCUUCACUGAAACCAUCGACGAGAGCAAGAAGGAGUGGUUCAUCUGAGCCGCCCUCACCAUGGACAUAUGACAUUAGGAUGUAUGUAGUUUUUUAAGCAUAGGUAGUAGUGGUGAGGGCCCCACCUGUGGACCCUCCAGGAUGUGCCAAGUUGGUUGGUGGUUUAUUUAAAGAAUGAUGGACACCAUGGCAUCACAGCAUGGGUAUUAAAGCACAGGGCUGCCUGCUAAGUGUGACAGGACCACAGCCUCAGGUGGUGAAGAUGCGAGGGACUGUGCUCAUUAGCUUUUAUUUGAGUGUUUAUUUGUAUCACUGUUUAUUUCAUUUUGUUAAAUAAUUGAUCUUAUUUCAUUUUUUGUUUUUCUUUUUUGUUUUCAUAAUUAGUUUUACUUUGUUUAAGUGUAUUUAUUUUUUCCAGAUUAAGAUCUUCUAUGCCUUGCGGGUAUAUAAGAAAAAUAAUGACAUUUAUUGUAAUGAUCAUUCAUCCCAAUCUCAUUGUCUUAAUCUUUUAAUUUUAAAUUUAUUUCAGUUAAGUGAAUUUCUGACUGAAGCGUGUGUGUGUGUGUGUGUGUGUGUGUGUGUAUGUGUGUGUGU